AUGUCAACGCCGUCGCCUCUGUGGCGACCUCAUGUGAUCUUCCCUGCGGCCAUUCUACUACGAAUCAUUCUCCUGGUGUACGGCCGCUGGCAAGACGCGCAUAGUCCCGUGAAAUACACAGACAUCGACUACCUGGUUUUCACGGAUGCAGCGCGCUACGUUGCCCACGGUCACUCACCCUAUGAUCGCGCCACCUAUCGCUACACACCUUUGGUCGCCUGGAUCCUGCUCCCCACAACAUGGGGAGGUCUCUGGUUUGAAUUUGGAAAAGCCCUAUUCGCGGCCGGCGAUGUGGCAACGGGAUGGCUGAUUCUGCUUAUUCUUCGAGCUCGCGGCUUGCAAACUGAGCAAGCAUUGAAAUUUGCAAGUAUCUGGCUGCUGAACCCGAUGGUGGCCAAUAUCAGUACGCGUGGCAGCUCUGAAGGUCUGCUGGCAGUACUGGUCGUGGCAAUGCUUUGGGCAACGCUGAGCAAGAGGAUAAUUCUUGCAGGAAGUCUCCUCGGCUUUGGCGUGCACUUGAAGAUCUACCCAUUCUUUUAUGCAGCAAGCAUGUUUACGUGGCUGGAAAGCCCAACAACAUUGCAUGAAGCUUCGUUGACCAGGCGUGUAUUGGCAUUGAUCAACCGGGAUCGAAUCAAGCUGGUCAUCUCAAGCUUCGUGGCUUUCAUGGUCUGUAAUAUAGCCAUGUUUUACUUAUAUGGCAUGCCAUUCAUUGAACACAGCUACACCUACCACCUCACCCGCAGUGAUCAUAGACAUAACUUCUCAGUCUACAACACGUUGCUACACCUGUCCUCAAUGCAUCAAGAUCAAGCCAGCUUCCGUGCCGAAUCUCUUGCAUUCGCACCCCAGCUCUUCCUCUCGCUUGUAGUUAUACCGAUGUGUCUUGCACAGCAAGGUUUGGCAACCACAAUGUUGGCGCAAACUUAUGCUUUUGUGACAUUCAACAAGGUCUGCACUAGCCAGUACUUCCUCUGGUACAUGGUCUUCCUCCCAUUCUACCUUCCCAACUCGUCACUGCUGAAGAAACCGACACUCGGUAUCACCGCACUCGCCCUUUGGAUUCUCGCUCAGGCGGCCUGGCUAGAGCAAGGGUACGAGCUCGAGUUCCUGGGGAAGUCCACCUUCUUUCCUGGCCUGUGGCUUGCCGGGGUGGCAUUCUUCCUGAUCAAUUGUUGGAUCCUUGGUAUCAUCGUACAUGAUGCUGGCAAUUCUCGGACAUCGAAAUUGCUGAAGAUUCGAUGA